AUGUUAAUUUAUAUUUAUAUUUUUUCCAACGUUGUCUUCCAUGUGAUGCGUCCUUCUCUUUUCACUUGUACAAGGAGUGAGCUUGAAAAAAUUCAUUUUAAAUCAAGGUGUUUUUUUACCAAUGGAUUGUGAGCAUGAGUCAUCGCAUCAUCAAUCAUUAAGGGUUACAGUAGUAACGUGUGAGCCUGCCUCUAUACAGAAGAAAAAAAUUGUAGCUGGAAAAUAUCUCCUCUAUUUAGAAUGUCAUGGAACAAAUUUUAUGUGACUCAAGCAUCUCUGAUGGUUUUAAGCAGCACUGCAAACACUUUAAGUACAAAGUGGGCUGACCAUUUACAUGCUGAAAGCUCAGAUGGUCAGGUGAGAUCAUUCUCACACCCAUUUGUUCAAGCAUGUUCCUCCUUCUUUGGAGAAUUUUUGUGCCUGUUACUGUACAAAGCAUCGCACUCAUGUAGACAUCUUCAGGCCAAAAAGAAAAUUGGAGAAGAAGAAGAAAACGUUGUAAAUUUCAACCCUCUCAUAUUCAUAAUUCCUGCCGUUUGUGACAUGGUUGGCACCUCUUUGAUGUAUAUUGGUUUGAAUUUAACGUAUGCUUCUAGUUAUCAAAUGUUGCGUGGUGCGGUAAUUGUUUUUGUUGCACUCCUCUCUGUGGCUUUCCUUGGCCGAGAAGUGAGUAAGAAAGAAUGGCUCGGAAUCUUUUUCACAAUCAUAGGCUUGACAACAGUUGGGCUUUCAAAUCACUUUCUGAAAUCUUCUUCUAUGGUCGAUCUUGACAGCAACAGUAUCAUCACAGGAGAUCUUCUGAUCGUACUAGCAACGAUGAUCCGCGCCAUAGAAAUGGUAUAUGAGGAAAAAUUUUGUGUCAGUAAAGAUAUUCCUCCUCUUCAAGCUGUUGGGUGGGAAGGUGCGUUUGGCUUUAUGAUUCUGAGUACAUUGAUGUUUCCCAUGUCAUAUGUAAAAGUCGGUCCUCCGUUUUCAAAUAAUGCGCAAAGUGUUCUGGAAGAUUUUCCAGAUGCAAUCGUGCAAAUGAGGAAUAAUAAGUUGAUCGUUUUAGCUCUAGCAGGUGCUGUCGUAAGUACAUCUCUAAGUAAUUAUGCAGGCGUUUACAUAAUGAAGCAUUUGACAUCCACCACAAGAAUGGUCUUGGAAACCAUACCGACCCUCUUUGUCUGGCUCUCAAGUAUUUGUUUGGGUUGGCAAACAUUUCACCCUCUCCAGAUCUUGGGUUUUGCCCUGGUCGUUUUGGGUAUGUGUCUGUACAACAAUAUCACGUCAGGAUUUUGUCAGUUCAGGUGUUCAUGAUAUCAAACAAAUGUAAAAACAUAAUUUGAAGACCCGUCAAGCAUCAACAUCCAACAAGAAGCCUGUUUCGUGGCUAUGUUGGCCAAAAUGUGCCUUCGCUGCUGACAAAUUUUAGUUCCUCCUCUUUUAUCUUUUUUAAUGUAACCUUAAGAAAAUAAAUCAAUAAAAAUUGUUGAA